AUGAAGUUCUUGAAUCUAGCUCUACUGGCCGUUCUACCUCGCUCCAUCCUGGCUCUACCUGCGACUGGCCCUCUUUCUAUUCUUAACCCUGCUGGUGUCCCCAUCAUCUGUGAGACUUUUUCCCUCGAUAUUGAGGACGUAACUUUCUCCUUCCAGAACUAUAAUUCUGAUGCAAACUUGGUCAAUCUGGGGCCAGGCUCCAUUGCAUGGGGAGAUCCAGCCCCUGCCUCUCUCAAUGGCAAUGGCCAACAGUCCAUGCUUUCCACUGCCAAGAGUGUUGUUACACCUUACACUGCCAUCGUUAAUGAUGUCUUUCAGCUGGGUAGUCUCACACACCACAACAAUGCUAUCUUGGGAAUCCACGUGAAUACUGUUGAACUUGUUGUGAAUGUCUGGAUCCAGGGUGUGGCAUACCCAUUUGUCUAUGACUUGAUCGUUCAUGAAACUCCAAAUCUUGGCGGUACAGCCUGCCCCUUCAUCACUGGUGGUGCUGGGUGUUCCGACAAGGUCGAAAUCGCACUCGCAAGUGUUACACCACAGGCUGUUCAUCUCAUGAAUGGAGUUAAAUUUGAGAUUGAUCUUCUUGGAUUCCGGGAUUGCCCCACAUGUGCCUUGAGGGACCAUUUCAUCUCGGAAGAGGGGGCAGCUUCAUCUUCCUAUCUGUACGCCAUGUUGACCUUGACGGACUGUCCUCAUCGAGGUGGCGGCGGUGGUGACCCCCACUUUGAAACAUGGACUGGACACCAGUUCUAUGACUAUAUGGGAGCUUGUGAUCUUCACUUGGUUCAGGCACCUCACUUUGCUCCUUCACUUCCCUUGAACAUUGAUGUCCGCACCAAGAUCCGCAACUGGUACUCAUACAUCGAGUCGGCUGUUGUCCAGAUUGGUGAUGAGACUCUUGAGAUGGGAUCCUUUGGAGAGUACUUGCUGAAUGGAGUUCAAGGUGCUACGAUGCCCAACACCAUUGCUGGAUUUGAAGUUAAGGCCUUCAACCCCAACAAGAAUUUUCACAUCCUUGAGGUUUACAUUGAUGAACAAGAAAAGAUCGUCCUCCGAUCCUUCAAGGACAUGGUUUCAGUCAAGAUUGACAAUGCAAAGAAGGAGCGAUUCCAUGACAGCAAGGGAAUGAUGGGCAACUUUGACACUGGGCAUGUCUUGUCUCGUGAUGGCCACACAUACCUGGAAGAUCCCAACGAGAUUGCCAAGGAAUGGCAGGUUCGGGACACCGAGCCCAUGCUCUUUAAUGUCGUCAGUGGUCCCCAGCACCCACAAGCAUGUGUCUUGCCCGACCGCACCGAAGCACAAGCUGAGCGACGAUUGGGAGGCAAGACCAUCUCCCAAGAAGCUGCCACCAAGGCAUGCGCUCACUGGCCCAAGGCCCACCGUGAGGGCUGUGUCAAGGAUGUCAUUGCCACUGGUGACUUGGAACUGGCAGCUCUGGGUGCUCUGUAA